GGAGAGAGUACAUAUCUCCCUAAGGAUAUCUGCAUGGUGAUAGUAUCACCUAUGUAAUAUUGGUUUUGGUUCUUUUGCAACAUAGAUAUCAAUGGUUCGGAGACGCCGUGCUUUGCGGAUGAUGGUGAUGGAUUGGGAUCUCAACACUUCUCAUGUUCAUCAUCCAUAAUUUCUCAUUAGCAAGCCAUUUAGUUCAGCAAUCGAGUGUUUGCGUUGCUCCUUACUAGAUCAAUGAUUCGGAAUGUCAGUUCAAGGGAAACCUGGAUUUUGAACCAAGUGUUUUGCAAUUCAGUGAGGAAGGAGCAGCAACCGAUAUGGUUCGUGUCAUGAGUGGUAAUGCAGUGUUCCUUAUUGUUUUAUACACUCUGAAUAUUGUGUGUGGCAUGCACGCUUUUGAGAGUCGUCAACCUUAUUUCACCAUGUGGACAUUUUGGGGGCGCAAUUUUCGAAGCAUGAGAUCGAUUGUCGCACAAACUGAAUCACAAACAUAUUCAAACCCCAGCACCAUAUUGGAAAAAUGUCGGUACACAGAAACUUUGAAAUUAGUGAAUGUGCUCAUACGUUCCAUGAAUACGUUCCAUGAAGUAUACUUUGACCAUCAUAUUAUCUUUCCAGAGCAGCAAAUCUGCAAAUCAAAGCCCAGAAGAAGCUUGCAAUACAUUGAUCUUUUCAAUAUCAAACUCCAUGCAUAUCGCAUGUCUAAGGCUGACAAUCCAACUCUCAACAUCAAAUCUUCACAGCACUACAGCCUCAUUUCUGUCUAUCCAAGCAACCCAUGAACAACAACGUUGAUACAGGAACCAGGGGAUCACUAUUUCGGCUGUUGUACCUCUCGAACGAACGAACCUCUCAAUACCUAAAACAUUCGUACUUGGAUCAUCCUUGCACAUUCGCGCUGGGAAUCCCAAGCUUCCGGCUAUAAAUGGGCGGUUGCCGAAAUACGAAAAGCUGCCA